AUGCCAUACCAGUGGACUGCAGAGCGGGAACGCCGCAUGCUUCUGUUAGCCAUCUCCCGCACAAACCUGAGGCCCUCGGCCGACACCUGGGAGGCGGUUGCCGCCCUUCUUGGUGAAGGACUGAGCGCGUCAGCAGUGAGCCAGAAGUACUACAAGCUUCGAAACGAGUCGAUGAAGCUACUCCAGGGCCAGGAAGGCUCGGCCCCAAGGACGCCGACCAAGCGCAAGGCUUCGCCGGAUGAAGAGGAGAAGAAGACUCCUCCCUCGAAGCGGGCGAGGAAGCCCAAACGUGAGCCCCUGGACGGUGUGCCCUUGUCGGAAGUCAGCAGCAGCCCCGGCGAAGUCAAGACCGAGGAUGCUGCGAUCAAUGCCAACGUCGACGUCGAUCCCUUUUCCAGUUACCAGGCACCAUUCAUGCCCACGGAUUACUUCAUGCCCGUGAACAGUCAGUUCAAAGUCGAGAGCGGCAUGGCAAGCAGCAGCAACAACAACUACUUGGGCUGA